UUCCUUCCCCUUUUCAAUGCCUGUGCGUCCGGAGGGAGGGGUUCCGUAGCAGCGGUUGGAAGCAUUGAAACUCGGCUCCCCUAUGCCUUGGUACAUUAAUGCUUUCAUCAAGAUAGCAUCCUGAAAGAAGAAAUUCAAGGUUAAAACUCGGAGGCUUCAGUCAGUCAGUUUGGGUGGAUCGCAGCGAUGGCAGCCAAUAAGAGCAAGAACCAGAGCUCGCUGGCCCUGCACAAAGUCAUCAUGGUGGGCAGUGGGGGCGUGGGAAAGUCAGCCCUCACCCUGCAGUUCAUGUACGACGAGUUUGUGGAGGACUACGAGCCGACCAAGGCGGACAGCUACAGGAAGAAGGUGGUUCUGGACGGGGAGGAGGUGCAGAUCGACAUCCUGGACACGGCGGGGCAGGAGGACUACGCCGCCAUCCGGGAUAACUACUUCCGCUCGGGAGAGGGCUUCCUGCUGGUCUUCUCCAUCACAGAGCACGAGUCCUUCACUGCCACCGCCGAGUUCAGGGAACAGAUCCUGCGGGUGAAGGCCGAGGAGGACAAGAUCCCGCUGCUGUUGGUCGGGAACAAGUCGGACCUGGAGGACCGCCGGCAGGUGAUGGUGGACGAGGCCCGGGGCAAGGCCGAGGAGUGGGGGGUGCAGUACGUGGAGACCUCGGCCAAGACGCGCGCCAACGUGGACAAGGUGUUUUUCGACCUGAUGCGGGAGGUGCGAGCAAAGAAGAUGUCGGAAAACAAGGACAAAAACGGGAAGAAGAGCGGCAAGGGGAAGAAGAGCUUCAAAGAGCGCUGCUGUUUACUCUGAUCCCAGCACAGCCCAACCGCAGCCACCGGUCGGAAACGAAACCAUCCGUUUCGCCAAAUUCGGUCAUGGUGGGUUCAUACUUAUGAACCGCUCUCCCCGAACCCCCUUUUUCUUUUUUUUUUUUUUUUUUUUACACAUUACAAAUUGUAAUCAAAUCCAUAAAUCCCCCCAGCACGCAACACACACACACACACACACAGCCCAAUAUUAGGAGACUCCAUAAAUCCCUCCCAACACACAACUCACACACACACACUGCCCAAUAUUAGGAGACUCCAUAAAUCCAGUGACAGUGAGGCAUCAUGGGAUUUUUUUCUUCGUAAGAUUCAGCUGCCGAAUUGUUUCCAACACUAACCUUUUAUUUCCUCUUUGUAAUGUAGCUUUCCUGUUUGUAUUUUUAAAGUUGUUGGCGCAUUUGGCGGGGGACUUGUGUUUAUGCUGAUUAUUGUGCGCGCACACUCACAAACACACACAUUUUAGAUGUAGUCACGGCGACCUGGGAAGGUUGAAGUCCUACCUGUACAAAGCACAUGUGAUUUUUUCUAUUGGGCGGUCAGUCUAUGCUUAGCUGUGCGACUUCCUCUCAUUGGCCUCUGCUCUGGAGAUGAAAACCAGAUCCAGGGGGAAAUGAUGUUCUGCACAUGGUCUGUUUUCCCUCAGUCUCUUCUGUCAUGCUGAACAAGAACCACACGAUGUAAAGCUGUGCUAUCACAAAGCUCAUUCUAGCUGUUAACUGUAUAACCACACUGCUCCAGCGGUUGCUUCCUUUAACACGCUCGUAAUGGAAGCGAAGCGGCUAGCGCUAAUUCAGUUUAGUCGGAAUGGAAGAAAUCUGCUGACCUCACUGUGGGAAAGUGGAGAUGGUUCAGAUGCUUGCAGUGCAGGCUAGACAGAAGCGAGCCUUCUACUCAUGUCACUGUUAAGUAAUGGCCAUUGUGAACUCCAGCGAUCAAGUAUUUUAGGAUUCCAGCCGGCAAACAAACUCAGUUUCUAGCUGGGGAAACAACAGGAAGGAGGGAAAAUACUGUUGGGAACCCAAGAACAGACUCCAGACCGACCUGGUUCUGGUUCCUGUUGUGGUACGGGGCCUAACGGGUCCAUUUUCUGUCAACCUCUGAGGUAAACAAAUGUAACAACUCAGCAGCCUACAGAACGCAUUUGAUUGAUGGAUGCUACUCAGGAAUAACAGGCCAUGGGAGUCAGUGUGUGGGGCUCCACCGGUUUGGUUAGACCUUGGGUGUCAGAAUCCAGUCCUGGAAGGCCACAGUAUCCGCUGGGUUUCCUGGAUGUGAGUAACAAGGUCAUCUCCUUGGACUGGUGUUCCGGAAGCAGUCAGAGCCGUAGAAUCGCCAGAGAAACGGAGCCACGGCAUUACUCUGACCCUUACUUGACGGUCAUGCCCCCUUGUGAGCACGCACAGUACUGCAGUACCAGCUGUAGUCCAAGUCCCCAUCCCCCCCCCCUCACGAUUACAGUAUAUACCAGGGCUGGGCUCGUUCUGUUCCUGGAGGGCUGAUGCAUUUUAAGGUCUUCCCUUCCACCAGUUAAUCUUGGUUCAAUCAGCUAAUUAGCUCUAUUCACCAACGCCUGUAUCAAGUUAUAGAUCAGACCAUGGUAAGGGACACAAGGACUGUUGUGAUUAAUGGGGUUAUCAAUGAAUGUAGCUAAAAUUAUAAAUCGGAUAAUUGAUUGAGGCUGAUUAAUUAAGAAUAGAAGCUGGCAUGGAAUCCUGACCCAGAAAUAUAAGUGCACUACAUUGCCAAUAUGGUCCAAUAGAUAAUAGAAUCAUCCACUAUGACCCUCUGCGUACUGAGGAAAUUGCCUUGUAGGUUUAAGGUGCCAAACUUUAAGGGUGACAGAUUAUUGUUUUCCAUCUUGUCACUUUGUAUAAUUCCACCUCCUCCCACCCUUUUGAUUGCCUACGGAAUAUUACAGCUUUGCCGUUUAAUUUCCCGAUUCCUGUCUGUGGAACAGUUUUGAGGGAGUGUAAGUGUUCACUGCUCUGUGUAGGGGUUCCCUCCUCUGUGUAAGGGUUCCCCUCAGCAGGGUAGUGUUUUCAUCCUCGCCUUGUUCACUCUCCUCUUAAAAGUACGUCCUGUCCAGGCCUUUUAAAGCUGAAUCGCUGUUUGUAUGAAUAAUUCUUCAGUUCACUCGCUGUUUUUUGUAACAUAAACGUCAGAAUAUGUUGCCAAAUAAACGCUUCUUCUUUGUAAAAA